AUGUCCAAGACCAAGGUUCUUCUGGUUGGCGCAGGUGGUGAGACUGGCGGCUCCAUCGCCAACGGUCUCCUUGAGAAUCCCAUCUUUGAAGUUCACGCUCUCGUCCGACUGCGAUCGGUCCAAAAACCCUCCAUUGUCGCUCUGCAGGAACGAGGCGUCAAAAUCAUCCGAUGCGACCUGAAAGCCCCUGAGGAGACCCUUGCGGAGGCUCUGACCGGUAUCGAUGUCGUCAUCAGCUGCGUGGGACCGGCAGAGCAACAGGACCAGAUCCCCCUCGCCAAAGCCGCCAAGAGGGCGGGAGUUCAGCGAUUCGUGCCAUGUGCGUUCAUCACGGUCGCUCCGCCCGGUGGGAUCAUGUGGCUGCGAGACGAGAAAGAGACGGUCUACAACCAUAUCAAGCAACUGCGACUCCCCUACACCAUCAUCGACGUCGGUUGGUGGUACCAGCUCUCAUACCCGCGUCUGGAUUCCGGACGGGCCGACUAUGCCAUGACCUCCGCCAACAAUGAAAUCGUCGGCGAUGGCAACACUCCGAUAGCCUUGACCGAUCUCCGCGACAUUGGUCGCUAUGUGGCUCGCAUCAUUGUCGACGACCGCACCCUGAACAAGAUGGUCUUCGCCUAUAACACCGUAACGACCCAGAACCAGAUUUAUGAUCUGCUAGAAGAGAUCAGCGAGGAGAAAAUCCCUCGGAAUUACGUACGUGGAAUCAGUCACUUAUCCCUAGCAUCGCAUUGGCUGACCAUCGCCUUCCCGCAUAUGCAGAUCCCAGAGGAAACCGUUUACACCCGCGUCCUUGCGGCCAGACAGUCUAGUGAAACUUACCCCUUCGACCCGGUGAAAUUUAUCCCCCGCUACCUGGCCGAGUACCAGUUGUCGUGGGGCAUCCGUGGCGACAACACUCCGGAAUACGCCCAGUACCUGGGUUACAUCACCGCAAAGGAUCUCUAUCCCGAUUUCCAACCCAUCCAGUUCAGAGAGUACCUCGAAACUGUCGUCAGAGGCACGGCCAAGGGCGUCUACACCGAUCGCAUGGUCUCCAAGGCGUACCAGCGGAGUUUCCCUCGCAGCGAGUCGAGCGACUCGCUGUACACCCGGAUAUUCCCCCGAACCGAAUCCAGCGACUCUCUAUACAUGUCUCGGUGA